AUGGCAGGUAGUGCACAAGAAAAUUUAGUUCAAUUUGAAAGAAUAAAUAAUGUUCAAGAAAUAACAGCUGCUGAUGAAAUCUAUGCAUAUGAUGCUCCUUUUCAACAGUCAAUUUUACAAACUCGACCAUGGUUACAAAAUCCAAAUUAUUUUAAACGAUGUAAAAUCUCUGCUUUGGCCCUAUUAAAGUUAGUUAUGCAUGCACGUUCAGGCGGUACACUUGAAGUAAUGGGCAUGUUAUUAGGAAAAAUUGAUGGUGAAAAUAUGAUUGUUAUGGAUUCAUUUGCUUUACCUGUAGAAGGAACAGAAACUCGUGUAAAUGCUCAACAGGAAGCAUAUGAAUAUAUGAGUUCAUAUACAUUAUGGGCUAAAGAAGUCAAUCGUCCCGAAAAUGUUAUUGGAUGGUAUCAUUCACAUCCUGGUUAUGGUUGUUGGUUAUCAGGUAUUGAUGUUGAUACUCAAAUGCAAAAUCAACAAUAUCAAGAUCCAUUUGUUGCUAUUGUGGUUGAUCCAACACGAACAAUAUCUGCUGGUAAAGUUAAUAUUGGUGCAUUUCGUACAUAUCCAAAAGGACAUAAAGCUGAAAGUGAAGCAAUUGAAUAUCAACCAAUACCGUUAAAUAAAAUUGAGGAUUUUGGUGUUCAUUGUAAACAAUAUUAUCCACUUGAAGUAUCAUUUUUUAAAUCAUCACUUGAUAAACGUCUUCUUGAACAUUUAUGGAAUCGAUAUUGGGUUAGCACACUCAGUACAUCAACAUUAUUAACAAAUGCUGAUUAUAUUACUGGUCAAAUUAAUGAUGUAGCAGAUAAACUUGAACAAGCAGAAAGUCAUUUAGGACGAACAAGUUUUUUACCAUUACCUGAACAAGAUCGAAAACAAGAUGAUAAAUUAGCAAAAGCAGCAAAAGAUUGCACAAAAACAGCUGUAGAAGCAGUGAAUUCUUUAAUGUCACAAUUAAUUAAAGAACGUCUUUUCAAUCAAGUGACAUUCCAUUCAUGA